CAAACAAAAUUAAAAUUAUUACCAAUUUCCAACUAAGAUUCCAUCUCUAAAACCAGUGAUUAAGAAGAAAUCCAGAGCCAUAGCCAGAACGUCCCAUGGCGGUGGUGGUUCUCAAUUACAGAGAAUCGGAAGAAGAAUUUCUACUCAAAUUGAUUGAGAAUUUGGAUUACUAAUCGUCGUGUUGAUGGCAAUUGUAACAGGAGAUAGAUACUUAGAUUUCUUGGUAAAAUAUGUUGAUAAACAAGCAGGAUUGUUACUUGAAGGAAGCAUAAUCUUGAAGCUGAAUCCAGUUGGAUUACACUAUGUACAAUCAAGAAUUGAAGCAUUAGAAGAACUUGAAGGAUUAUUAAGUGGUGCACCUGUUGAUUAUUUACGUGCUUAUGUUUCUGAUCUUGGAGAUCAUAGAGCUUUAGAACAAUUAAGACGGAUAUUACGUUUAUUAACAUCUUUGAAAGUUGUUUCUGUAUUACCACCACAAUUUAGAGAUCCAACUCCAUUAUCGUUAUUACCUUUUGGGGGACUUAGGGUUUUGGAAUUACGUGGUUGUGAUCUUUCUACUUCUGCUGCUAAAGGAUUGUUAGAGUUGCGGCAUACUUUGGAGAAGAUUAUUUGUCAUAAUUCCACUGAUGCGCUGAGGCAUGUGUUUGCGAGUAGAAUAGUGGAUAUAAAGGAUUCACAAGUAUGGAAGAAAUUGACAUUUGUAUCGUGUGCUUGUAACAAUUUGAUACUUAUGGAUGAAUCCCUGCAACUGCUGCCUGUUGUGGAAACUCUUGAUUUGAGUAGAAAUAGGUUUGCGAAAGUGGAUAAUCUGCGUAAAUGUGUACAGUUGAAACAUUUGGAUCUUGGAUUUAAUCAUCUUCGGACGAUUUCAUCGUUUGCUGAGGUCUCGAGCUCAAUUGUUAAGCUUGUUUUGAGGCACAAUGCCUUAACAACCUUGCGCGGGAUCGAGAAUUUGAAGUCACUUCAAGGAAUUGACCUUUCCUACAAUAUUAUUUCCAGUUUUUCGGAGUUGGAGAUUGUAGCAAGUCUUCCAUCUCUUCAGAGCUUAUGGUUGGAAGGGAAUCCAAUUUGUUGUUCACGGUGGUACCGAGCACAAGUUUUCAGCUUGUUCAGUAAUAUAGAAAAAUUCGAAUUAGAUGACAAGGAAAUCAACACACAGGAAGCUUGGCAAAGGCAGAUUAUUAUUGCAAGCCGGCAGAUGAGACCAGCUGCAUAUGGCUUUUAUUCUCCUGCAAAACAUCAUAGUCAAGGGGAAGAAAUUAUCAGGAAAGGGGAAAGCAGCGCCUAUGGAAAAAGGAAAAAGAUGUCCCGUCUUGCUUCUAUCGCAGACGAGGAACAAAGGAGGCUUAAUGCUUUGGAGGGGGUUGAGCAAGAUUCGUUGUCAUGCGACAGUGAGAUUCUAAGUAGAGAUGAGAACAUCGUUUCUGAUGGUGAAGCGGAAAUUAUUGGAUUAAUGAAUAAAGUAGAAUUUUUGAAGAAAGAGCGAUCUGUUCUUUGGCUACGGGAGUUCAAAGAGUGGAUGAUGGAUCAGGCUCCGGAGGGUAUGGUGGAAAAAUACAGAGUUGCAGGGUUGAGCAGUCCUGGUAAAGAAAAUUAUAUCCCAAACAAGAGUUACCAUAAACAUGUUGGCGAGAGUUCAAGAUAUGUAUCCGAAUCACAAACUUCGGUAGUUGAGAGCACCACAAACAUUUUAGAAUCUCACAACGCACUUGCAGAUACUUCAAGUGGUGUAAAUGCUUAUCAGUACCUCCACUCAGUCAGCAAGAGACCUCCAGAGUCUUCAGUUUUGGGGAUUGGUAGAGAUGCUCCACCCAUGCUAAGAGUGGAGGAAUCUGAUCUGAAGCAGGGGCUACUGCAGUCUUAUUCUCAAGAAGAUUUGAAUUUUUCUGAACCCUCAUUAACCCUGGGAAAUGAUGGGGUAGGCGGAAAGCCUAGUGGUAAACCAUUAGCAGGCAUUGAUGCACUUUUGGAAUCCCACUCAUUCACUUCUACUCAACCUGGAUCACCACCUCAUUACCAAGAAAAUCUCCUCCAUCGCCGCCAAAACUUAGAGGAAGAAUUUCUACAGUUAUCAACGGAGUCUCUUUCAUUGGCGUCAUCUGAUACUGAAACAAGCUGUAGCGAUGAUCAUUUAUGUACAUCUGACAAGUCUUUAGGUGAAGAUGAAUUUUUAUCGGAUGAGGAACUCCCGAAUGGGAUGAUUGAUGACCACCCUAAGGCAUUCUCUCAUGACCGUUAUUGGAAAGGGAGACAUGGUGCUGUACACCUAAAUCAUCUAGAGCCAGAGCAUGGUCAACAAGUUCACACAGCUGAGAAGCUUGGUAAUACUACCUGCGUUGACACGGAAAGUGAUACGUAUGACGAGGCAGAAUGCUUGGUAGAUAAGAAAGGUAGAAGGAGAACUAAAAAGAGAGUAAUUUCACUAUUAGAGGGGGGGUCUGCUGAGAACAACACAGGAGCAUUAUCUAACAGUGAGAAUGGCAUUUCUGAUUUGCGCGAUUUGAAUUUGUACGGCAGAGCAGGUUUGAUGAGCAAAUCAACCACUCAAAAUCCAUUGGAUGAUGAAUUCAUAAAGGAUUAUUUUCAUGCAAGAGUUGCGGAUGCGGAAGUUUCUGAGACUUGUUUGCAGCAUAUGCCCUGUGAUACUGUGUUUGAAGAGGAUUCGAGAUACAAGGAGAGCGAAGUAACGUUAGUGCGUAGCAGUGAAAACAGAUUGUAUGUGCUACUGUUUGAUUCCGCAUCUGAUGGUUCAGGAACUAUUGCUAGAGUUAUAGGACGCCAUAGGCUAGACGAUCUCCAAGAAGUUGUGGUUAGUAUCGGACUACAGGCGUUGAGGGUGCACUUCGAGGUCGAUGUGGCAUACCUGUUCAUAACAAGGGACAUCGAGAAAUCAAAGAGAUUGCUAUCUCUAAUACAAGUUUCUGAUUCGACUUUACCAAGUAAUGCCUGUUCGUUUACGAGUUUAGAGCAGGUUCAGGUUGAAUCAUUUGAUGAACAUGUAUGUGGAGGUUUGAAAGUGAGCAUAUUUCUAUAUUCUAUGCUGCUAUUCUGGCACAACAAUACUGAAGAGGAGGAAUUGUGGCUUCCAAGAUCAGUAUUUGUGAUUGAAGGAUAUUUGCUCAUCUGUACAGAAGAUGUUAUACAGUUAAGUUGUGAUACUAAUACGGAUGAUGAUGAUGCCGAGAGUGAUAUAUCAUCCUUCUCCUCCCGCUAUUUCUCACUCGACUCUAGGUGCUCCAUCGGUAACAUUCUAGAGAUGGUUAUUGAGCCCAGGGAUAGCAAGUGUGUGACCUUAACCUUAGACAACAAUUUGGUGUCUAAUAAGGUUUUUAGCUCCUCAGCUACUAAUCCCAAGAAAAAGAAGGAUGUGAAGAAGAACCCAAAUGAUACUGGAUCUCAGAAGAUUUGGAAAUUGAAGUGGUUCUCUGAAGAGACUUUGUCGAAGUUUGUUGUUUUACUGAAGGCACUCUACUCAGGAACCUCCUUGACUCCUUUACCUGUUAGAUGUAUUAUUUGAGAAAACAAAUUGCAUCUCAGUAUCUUCUGAAGCAUAGAGAAAAAGGAAUGGUUUGGUUAAUCCUGGUGUUUGGAAGGGUGAGAAUGAUGCAGGCAUAAUGGAACCUUAAGUAGGCCAGUUGGCUUGUGUAACCGUUGUUCAUCAUAUUGUACUGGUCUCUCAAAGUUUUGUUCACAUAGCGGUAGUGCCUAGUUGACUGGCAGGUGAGGGGCUAGAUGAGAUUUAGGCGUGGAAUCAAGUAAGAUACGACCAAUGGGUUGAAAGUGUUGGUAGGCAAGUAGAAGCUCGGUAUUCUUUUUAUUCUUUCUGCUUUCUUUUCUUCUAAAGUUAUGUUGUUGUUGUUGAUAAGGCUUGGCUGUUUUCUUAUUCUUUGAUUCUUUUGUAAAAAUGAACAAAAUUGUACAUACUCCCAGACAGAAAAAACACUUCAUAUGUGUUUUAUAUUGUUUACAGAAAAUGUUUAAUCCUGUAGAAUCAAGAACGGUUCACCCACA